UGGUGCUGCUUUCAAUUGGGGCCACUUGACUCUCACUUUGUCUGACUGUCUGUUUGUCUGUCUGCAUUUCUGUCUGUCGGCCUGUCUGUCUCUCUGCCAACAUGCUGGUCCUGGCCCUUCUGCAGACCUCGCUGGUCCUGUGGCUGGUACAGAACACCAUACAAUGAGGAGUUAGACCACAGACAGGAGCCCUGGGAAGGAUGGCACCAAGUUGAGGAGCUGGUAUUCUUGGACCCCGAGGCUAUGGGGUGGGCAAGCUGGGCAAGUGGGGCAGCUUUCAGACCCACUGGGAUCAGAGGACCUUUAAAACAAGAAUAUGGAACGCUCGGCUAUGGAGCAGCCAAUCUUAGGACUGGCCUUGGCGCAAGCCUUGGGGACACCGGACUGGGACUUGGAACAGGGUUUGGACUUGGCAAUGGACUGGGAGCAGCUUUGGGUUAUCAAGGAGGGAAGCUUGGAGGAAGAGGAUAUACCAGUAUUGGCUAUGGGGCCCAGCUAGGUUACAGUGCAGGAGGAUACCCUGGCACUGGAUGCGGUCUUGGAGAUGGAGGCCAUAGAGGUCUGGAGCUGAUAAUUAACACUGGUCUGGGUACUCCUGCCAAGUCUAGAAAGUAUGCAGCAGGUGUUGUACUUGGUGCUGCCAGAUCAUUGCCCUACAGUGGCCAGCCUGUAGUCUCAGACGGACUUGGGCCUCAAGGGAAGACUAGUAGCUAUGGUGGAACUACAUAUGGAGGAAAACCAACCCUUGGGCCCGACACUGGCCUGGGUUCGUGCAGUGCAUAUGUUUGUUAUUCAAAUGCAACAUGCAAAUCUCAGUUUUCUGGCUUUCCUGAUGCUUUGCCUGAGGAUUUGACUUGAAUAUCUCGCACCUGUAAGAAAAAGAGAAAUAGAGAGAGGACGAUUUAAAGGGAAUACAGUAUAUGAACAAACAAAUGGAUUCCUGGAGCUUAACUGGUAGAGAAGGGCUCAAGUAAUGCCACGGUCUUGGGUUUGAUUCCCAGCUGAUAAAAUAUAGACCUUAAAUGCACUUUGGAAAAAAUGUAUACCUUAAAGCACUUUGGAUUUCGAUGAAAGUGUCUACCAUAUGUGUAAAUGCAAUGCAGUUGUUUAUGCUUGAAUACAUGAUUUCAUGCUUAAUGUCACUGAGUUGGUUUGAUUAUCACUGGUCAGAAAAUGAACAAUUUAGAGCUUGGCCUGAUUCACACAGGUUUUUUACUUUUAAAAUGCUACCAACCUGGGAUUGAAGAUGUACUGGCCAAAACCUAAAACACGAUGAUGAUUUGAUUUGUAGUGUGAUAACAUUUUUGACACUUUUGAUCUUAUCAAAUUAAAGUUAUUACGUAAUGCCUUAAGACAGACACUGACUAAAUGGCAGUGUAUAAAACAACACAUGCACCAUCUCACAAGUUCUCAUAUGUGUGUG